UCGGCGCGGCGGGCGCGGCGCGGCCCCGCUCGGCUCCGCUCGGCGGGACGCGGCGCGGCCGGGCUGGUUCGGGCCGCGCCGCCCCGCGCAACCACAGCCGCGCUGAGACCAGGGGACAGAGGGGGCGAGAUGGCGUCGUGCGUGGGGAGCCGGACCCUGAGCAAGGACGACGUAAACUACCGCCUGCACUUCCGCAUGAUCAACGAGCAGCAGGUGGAGGACAUCACGCUGGAGUUCUUCUACCGCCCGCACACCAUCACCCUGCUCAGCUUCACCAUCCUCAGCCUCAUGGCCUUCGCCUUCACCAGGGAUGAUUCUGUACCAGAGGAUAAUAUUUGGAGGGGUAUCCUCUCUGUGAUUUUCUUCUUUCUAAUCAUCAGUGUUCUAGCUUUUCCUAAUGGACCCUUUACACGUCCUCAUCCUGCUCUAUGGAGGAUGGUUUUUGGUCUCAGUGUGCUUUAUUUUCUGUUCCUGGUGUUCGUGCUCUUCCUCAACUUUGAGCAGGUGAAAGCAGUGAUGUACUGGCUGGACCCUAAUCUUCGAUAUGCCACAAGGGAAGCAGAUAUUAUGGAGUAUGCAGUGAACUGUCAUGUUAUCACCUGGGAGAGAAUCCUCAGCCACUUUGAUAUAUUUGCUUUUGGGCAUUUCUGGGGCUGGGCUAUGAAGGCUCUGCUGAUCCGCAGCUAUGGGCUCUGCUGGACUAUCAGCAUCACCUGGGAGCUCACUGAGCUCUUCUUCAUGCACCUUCUGCCUAAUUUUGCUGAAUGCUGGUGGGAUCAAGUCAUUUUGGACAUCCUGCUCUGUAAUGGGGGUGGCAUCUGGUUGGGCAUGGUAGUUUGUCGUUUCUUGGAGAUGAGGACCUAUCACUGGGCAAGCUUCAAGGACAUUCACACAACCACAGGGAAAAUCAAAAGGGCUGUAUUACAGUUCACCCCAGCCAGCUGGACCUACGUCCGCUGGUUUGACCCAAAGUCUUCGUUUCAGAGAGUGGCUGGAGUCUACCUUUUCAUGAUUAUUUGGCAGCUAACUGAGUUGAACACAUUCUUUUUGAAACAUAUCUUUGUGUUCCAAGCAAGCCACCCUUUAAGCUGGGGGAGAAUUCUCUUCAUAGGAAUCAUUACAGCACCCACUGUCAGGCAAUACUAUGCUUACCUCACAGACACACAGUGCAAGAGGGUGGGAACUCAGUGCUGGGUGUUCGGGGUAAUUGCCUUCCUUGAAGCUAUUGUGUGCAUAAAGUUUGGACAAGAUCUUUUUUCCAAAACACAAAUACUGUAUGUUGUGUUUUGGCUUCUCUGUGUGGCCUUCACAACUUUCCUGUGUUUAUAUGGAAUGGUUUGGUAUGCAGAGUACUACGGCCACCGAGAAAAGACCUUAUCAGAAAGUGAAGACAGUCCAUACAGUCCAGAUGCUUCCUGGCUUCAUUCUAAAUUCAGCAGAGCAGGUCCUGACAAUAGUCCACCAAAACAUUCAGUCAAUAGUGAAAGCCAUUCAUCUAGAAGGAGGAAUCGACACUCCAAAUCAAAAGUAUCAAAUGGAAUUGGCAAGAAAUAAGAAUGGUAUCUAAAGACAUCCUACAGUGUGGCCAGAAGUGACAAAGAAGAUCAGACCUGGCUCUGAAUUACCAAAUGGAAGAUUGAUUUUUAAUUUCAAGUUUAAAAAAAGGAGGUGUUGAAGAGAAGGAUGAUGAAGAUGGAGCCACCAGUGUAGUGCAGAUCGUUGCCUGAUGGCACUUGCCAUUCACUGAUACAAAUCUAGUUUCUUCAGUGUGUGGCAUCAAAAGUUGAUGAAGGGUAUAUUGGAAAAAAAGUCAUUUUAUCAUAGCAGGUAAUCCCUGUUUUGUGUUCAGGUGUUGCAAGGUCAUUUUUAAUAGAUUAGUUGAGGAUUUCAACCCAAAGGUUAGCAAACUGAUAGUCAGUUGGUGUAGUUGAUUGAAUUUUUUUUGUUUGGUUUAUUGUAUUUUUUUCCUAGAAGAGUAUGCAACCCUUUGACUAAAAGCAGUUCUGCCCUUCUUUCUCAGUCUCACAACAAAACUUUCCCUUGCAACUGUUAAUGAGUAUUUAAAAAUUCCAUAUUGCUUGCUUUUAUUUAAAGGCUCUUUAGGCCUUAUGUUGUCAGGGUUUUGCCAGGAAGGAAAUGGGUCCAGGUUUCUUGUAAAGGAUGUGAAAUUGAUCUUCAAACACAGAUUUUUUUGUUCUACAUUGUCUUCCUGCUUAAGUCAUACAUACUCAAUUUUUUAAAGUUUUAAAAUACAUAUAUAAAAAUCUGUGUCAUAGUAGAGGGCCAUGCCGCCUGUCCUCAGUGACAAAGGCCAUGUUAUUUCAUUGUUUUUCCUCCUCUACUCUAGUGUGUUUUGCAUUUUCAAGCGUAAAUAUGUCUUUUUUUCAUCUGUGCCACAUUGUGUGCAAUGUUUCUUCCUACUUCCUUCUAUUUGCUUCCAUCCUAGCUGGACCCAGAAAUCCUCUUGUCUUCAGACUGAUACCAGAAACUGCUUUGAAGGCUCAGAUGCCCUUCUGAGCUUGGUGAUAAGGCAGUUUUUUACUGAAGCCAAGUUGCUUACUAUCUCCAUAAAUGUAAUAAUUUGUGAAGAUUUGCAGUAGUCUUUGGUGUCUGAGCAGCAGCAUGAUGUGAUAGACCCCAUUGCAUUGGUGUUUCCUAUCAUGCAUCAGAUACUCAAAAGCCAAGUCUCUUUUUUUAUUUUCUUGCAGGUUGUUUUGUUUGUUUUUUUGGUUUUUUUUUUUUUUUUUUUUUUUGAGGGGUGAUUUACUUUUUGUCUGGGUGGUUUUUUGGGGUUUUUUUAAUAGAUUAAUUGUGACAUCUAACAAAGCGGAUAAUUCUCCAGCAGUGAUUGUGAUGAUUAAGUCAAGAGGUUAAGCAAUCAUGAGCAAUCAGUUUCUGUGUUAAGUUAUCAAAAUGUUUUUGUGCCAAUUAAAUUUUGGGAUUCAAGGCAUUCAGAGGGGUAGGUACCUUAAGCAAGGAUAAGUAAUACCCAUUAGUUUCUUAGUUUUUAUGAGAAAAUAGGAUUUGCUUUUUCUUUGACUAAUGUUACUGUGAUUUGCCACAGGCUAGGUACUAAAGAAGAAAUGCAGCAGAGACUUUUAUACAAGUGUAUGAUACUGUAAAUAGAAGAAAGUAUCCUGUGUAAUCCAUGAAUUCCUAUGUGCCACAGAUUAUCAAUGUUUGCAAUGCACUUAAGUGUUGCUGCUGAGCUCUUCAGAGGCCUUUAAUUUCCUACCCUGCUUUUCAAUCAAACAUGGAGUGUACAACUUGGAAAGUAAUGUAGUAGAAGCUGCUGUAUCAUCAUUGCCACAGUGACAUUUAAUGUUACAUGAAAAAAUGUGUUAGGAAGUCUUUCAGGCUCUCCUACAACUACUUGGUUUUCAUUCAUACUAUAGCAAUUCCAUAUAUUGCCUUUGUAUUUGUAAUGUACUACAUAUUGAUGAAUGUAUUUGUAGAUUUCUUUGGAUACUGAGACUUGUUAUUUCUUUUAUUUCCUUGGUUAAAAACUCAGUCUGUGUAAGACUGAAGAAUGGCAUUGUGAAUUUUCUAUUGGCUCAAUACCAAAGCAAGAGAUUUGAAAUCUGAUGGUUUAGGUAUUUUAAGUACUGUGGUUUUCCAAUGCGAGAGCCUGUUUUGUACUUGCAAGGGGUAUACACACCAACUGUGUAUACAAAGCUUAUGUGUGUAAACAGAUGCUGAAGUACAUCAUCUACCUGCCUGUGGGGACAAGCACAUGUUUUGUAAAUGUAGGCCUGGUGCUCAUAUUGCUGAACUGCACCCUAAAAAUACUGGAAAGAGAAAUAUUGAAGUGUCAUCUUGAUGGAAGCUGACUUCUGUAUAGUAUUACAAAAGCUUUGUCCUGUAAAAAUGUUGUUUGACAACACAUUUAAAUUAUUUCCAAUUAAGUCUUUUUACUUUAAAUUUUUGUGUUUGGUUGA